AUGCGCUGGGCCGACAAGUACACUCUCCACCACCGCAUCCCGCCCUCGGUAGCUCGCGCCCACGCCUCUAAACAGGACCCGGCAUCACCAAGCAGAACGCCACUGACUACCUAUCUGCACCCCAAACCAACGCUACUCCUCGCACCCGCUCCCUCUGUCUGCGCCUCGCCGCUGCACCGCCAUCCCAACUCUCAACACCAUCACCAAGCUCGUCGCCACCACUACCAACCCUCCACCAUGGGCAACAGCUGGAACCCCUUUUCCACCUCGCCCAGCCGGCGCUCCUCGACCUACCGCCCCGGCUAUGCCUCGUCGUCGUACUCGUCGUCGUCGCGCCACCACAGCUCCACCUCGCGCUACAAGCGCUCGCCCCGCGACAGCUACAUGCAGCACCUGUACAAGAAGCUGCAGCACUUUUUGCGCGAAAUCUGGCGCUACGCCCAGCGCCACCCCUACAAGGUCUUCUUCAUGAUCAUCAUGCCCCUCGUCUCGGGCGGCGUCCUGCACAAGCUCGCCCGCCAGUUCGGCGUCAACCUGCCCCAAACCGGCGGCGGCUCACACCCUGCUGCCAAAAGCGGCUCUCACGCCGGCGGAUACUACGGCAGCCAGGGCUACGGCCGCGAAACUGCCUACACAAGUAGUCGGAGCACCGCAAACUCAAACUACAGGAACAACAACAACAAUGCCAACAAUGGCGGCGGCAUGAUGUCUGGUCUGGCAAACAUCGACAUGGACAAAGUCGCCGGCGGCAUUGGCGGCCUGGCUACCAUAGCGAGUAUGGCGUCAAAAUUCAUGUAA